CCAUGCGCCCCACAGAGCCCUGGAGCCCCAGCGCGGGGACGGCGCCCUGGGACUACUACUCGGGGUCGGGCGCGCCGGGCGAGCCGGAGCCGGAGGAACUGUGCGAGGCGCGGGACCUGCCGUACAGCCACGCCUACAUCCCCGUGCUCUACCUGGCGGCCUUCGCCGUGGGCCUACCGGGCAACGCCUUUGUGCUGUGGCUGCUGUCCGGGACGCGAGGCCCGCGGCGGCUCGUGGACACCUUCGUGCAGCACCUGGCGGCCGCCGACCUGGGCUUCGUGCUCACGCUGCCCCUGUGGGCCGCGGCGGCCGCACGGGGCGGCCGCUGGCCCUUCGGCGAGGGCCUGUGCAAGCUCAGCAGCUUCGCGCUGGCCGGCACACGCUGCGCGGGCGCCCUGCUACUGGCCGGCCUCAGCGUGGACCGCUACCUGGCCGUGGGCCGCCCGCUGGCCGCGCGCUCCCCGCGCUCCCGGCGCUGCGCGCUAGCCGCCUGCGCCGGCGUGUGGGCCACGGCGCUGGCCGCCGGCCUGCCCUCGCUGGCCUUCCGCCGCCUGCGGCCGCUGCCCAGCGGGGGCCACGGCAGCCAGUGCGGGGAGGAGCCAUCGGACGCCUUCCAGGGCCUGAGCCUGCUGCUGCUGCUGCUCACCCUGGUGCUGCCCCUGGCCGUCACCAUCGUCUGCUACUGCCGCGUGUCGCGCCGCCUGCGCGGGCCGCCGCACCUGGGCCGCGCCCGGAGCCGCUCGCUGCGCAUCAUCUUGGCCGUCGAGGGCGCCUUCGUGGGCUCCUGGCUGCCCUUCUGCGCCCUGCGCGCCGUCUUCCACCUGGCGAGCCUGGGCGCGCUGCCGCUGCCCUGCCGCCUGCUGCUGGCGCUGCGCUGGGGCCUCACCGUCGCCACCUGCCUGGCCUUCGUCAACAGUUGCGCCAACCCGCUCAUCUACCUGCUGCUCGACCGCUCGUUCCGCGCACAGCUGCGGCAGCGCGGAGCCUGCGGGCUCGCCGACCGCCCAGCGCGCGGGAGCAGCUCGGCGUCCUCGCUCUCCGGCGAGGACGGCUCCCCGUUCCGGAGCCCGGCCCGCGCGGGCGGCCGAGCCCAGACGGCGAGCGCCCCCUCGGCUGUCGGCCCGUAGCUGCUCAGCCCGAGGGCGGCGGGCGGCACGGGGAACCGAAGCGGGCCGCCCCCCACCGCCACCUGCUUCCCCGACCUCCCCGAGCGCAGCGGGCCGCUCUGCCUGGACCGCGGGGCCUCCCGGAGUCUCCCUCACGAGCUUUCCCAGAAUCUCAGCUUUUCCAGCGUCCCCCCCACCCCUGGCCCGGCUCCUGAGACCCGCUCUCCUCCCGCUCCGCCCAGUGGACACCUGGACGCUUUGUCUCCAGCGCAGUAAACGUCCUGGGAGAUGCAGGCAACACCGACCCGGGCUCGGAAAGGGAAGUGGCCUCCCUGCUCUGCCCCCUGGGAGAGACUCCCCACAGGCCACUCUUGUCUGGGUCGGCUCCCUUAUCUUUGAUCCCUACAAUCGCCCUUGCCUUUUCCAAGCCAAACUCUCUGGCCCCUCUCCAAAGAAUCUGGACCUUCACGUUCUGCCGUCUUGGUGGCUGUGCUGAAUCACGCGUCAGCCUCUUCGUUUUCAACGCUCACCAAAGCGUGGGAACCACGGUGCUGUUGCCGCUCGCCCCUUCCUGCUGCCAGCGUCCCCAGGAGGCCCGUCCUGUAUCUCCCCCGACUCCUCUAAGAAGCCGCAGGACUCACCCUGGACUUAGGCGGGCGCCUCCCUGCGGACAGACGGUUCCAGCAUCUUUCCCCCGGCGCUCGGAUGCUCUGGCCGGCAUGAGUUCCCCUUUCUCAAUAAACACUGUUGCUGCCCUCA